GAUUUGAGAAAAUGGCGGCCGCAAGCUUGUUGGUGGUGUGUGCAGUGGCAAAACAUUGAACAAUUUCCUCGUUACGGUUAAAAUGUGCGCCGCAUUAAUGUAGUACCGUCGUCGAACAUUAAUCGGUUUUGUGUUUUACGAUGACAUCCAACAUGUAUCGCGUCGGAGAUUACGUGUACUUCGAGACGUCGUCGACGUCUCCGUACCAAAUCCGACGAAUAGAGGAACUGAACAAGACCGCUUCGGGAAAUGUGGAAGCGAAGGUGAUGUGCUUUUACAGAAGAAGAGACUUGCCCAGCCAGCUGAUUCAGUUAGCCGACAAACACCAAUGUGCCUUAGACGAAUCCAGCAGUAGUCCAACGUCUGACAGUAGCGUCAGCGGCAGCGGUAACGGGGGCGGCGGCGGCGUCGCCGUCGGCAGCAGCUCAGUUAGUGGUAGUAUUAGUGCGGGAGCUGAACAAUUGACACCAAAACAGCGGCACCAGAUGAAACAUCGGGAACUGUUCCUGUCGCGGCAGGUCGAGACGCUGCCCGCGACCCACAUACGCGGCAAGUGCUCAGUGACACUAUUCAACGAGACGGAGGCCCUGGCCUCCUAUCUCAGUAAAGACGACAUGUUUUUCUACUGUUUGGUGUUCGAUCCGUCGCAGAAAACGCUGCUGGCGGACAAAGGCGAGAUACGCGUCGGCAGCCGGUACCAGAGUGACGUGACGCCGAUCCUUCGCGAAAGUGAGAGUGACGGCCGGGAUCUGAACGAGCUGGAAACGCUGAUGUGGACGCCGGAGCAUGGUCUCACCGAUCGACAGAUCGACCAGUUCCUAGUGGUGUCGCGGUCCGUGGGCACGUUCGCGCGCGCCCUCGACUGCAGUUCCAGCGUCAAGCAGCCGUCGCUGCACAUGUCGGCGGCCGCCGCAAGCCGCGACAUCACCCUCUUCCACGCCAUGGACACGCUGCACAAGCACAGCUACGAUCUGGGCAGCGCCCUCAGCUCGCUGGUACCGUCCAGCGGUCCGGUCCUCUGUCGCGACGAGAUGGAGGAGUGGAGCGCGUCGGAGGCGAACCUGUUCGAGGAAGCGCUCGACAAGUACGGCAAAGAUUUCAACGACAUCAAACACGACUUUUUGCCGUGGAAGACGCUCAAGAAUAUCAUCGAGUACUAUUACAUGUGGAAAACGACUGACCGAUACGUGCAGCAGAAACGAGUGAAGGCAGUUGAGGCUGAAUCGAAGCUGAAACAAGUCUACAUUCCGAACUACAAUAAACCAAAUCCCGCCGCCCUGAACAACAAUAAAGGCGUAGUGAACGGCAGUAGCAACGGCACACCCGAUUCAGGUGUAUCGCUAGGCGGAAAAGCGUGUGAAUCAUGCAAUGUGACUGUGGCAAGCCAGUGGUAUGCUUGGGGUCCAACACAAAUGCAGUGUCGCCUGUGCCAGAACUGCUGGCAGUACUGGAAGAAGUAUGGCGGUAUCAAGAAUCCCAGCCGAUUCCCAGACGGUGACUUCGAAAACGGUUCUAGUAGCGGUAAGAAAAAGAGUGGCAGUGACGUGGAAGAUGAACGUCUAGGCCCUAUGUCACAUCGGCCACAUCGCUGCAAUAUUGGUGGCUGCGGCAAGGAGUUUAAGCUCAAAGCGCAUCUAGGGAGACAUUACGCCAGCGCACACGGCAUUGUGGUGAGGAGCGGAUCGCCACGACCAAUUAUGAAAACCAGAACGGCUUUUUAUUUGUUGACUACGCCGAUCACGAGGAUCUCGCGACGCCUGUGCCGUCACAUAAUGAGGCCGAGGCACGCCGCUCGUGCUCCCUUCUUCGCCAUCAAUAUACAGGCGGUGAAGCAGGAGUGCAGCCAACAAAUGGUGGGCAAGACAAUGCCGGAACUUAAGCAGUUGCUGACCUAUAAGAAGAAGAACAGGGGCAGCGUAACAGCUAUCGCAACAAGAUUGGGUAGACCAGGUCCAGUGACACCACCAUGGCUCAUUUUGACUGACAAGGAAAAUCUUCCAAAACCUGAACGAGUCGCUUUUCCCAAGCCACCGAAAGCACCGGACGGCAGUCUAGUAUAUGAACGUGUGCCGAACAAACCUGAAGCUGAGAAAAUACCGUUGAAUAAUAUGUCGCCGUCGCUUAAAAAACGACCUUACGAUGAAAUGAACGGAAUAGACAGCUUCUAUUCUGAUUUCGACUGGGAUGAUGGAUCCGCAAUUACGGCACCGCCGCCGUCCAAAAGGAUAACGAAGGAGCCGAUCCAGGUACACCGACCAGAUCAGUACCAAGCGAUCAUCGCAGCGGGAUUUGCACCGGGGCAAGCGUUACCUCGCCACAUUGCGCAGAUCAACGGAAAACCGAAAAUCGCACAUAUGACUCGCACCGGAUCGGGUCGCAAGCAAGUCAUUAGCUGGAUGGACGCGCCCGACGAUGUCUAUUUCCGGGCAACCGAAAGCAGCAAAAAAGCUAGACGACAAGUGACGCUAGCGGAACUACGGAGAGCAGCAAGAAAACCGUGGCGACAGCUCAAAACCAAAUUAGACGACUUACAAGUGGUUGUGUUGGAUUGACAUUUAAAAUCGUUCAUAUAAUUGUAUGUUCCCUCUGAGUGUACCAGGAACUUCAAGCGCAUUCACCUCUAGCAAUAUCCAUCCGCUAACGUGUAACGCUGUAAAGUGACUUUUAUCAUUUUCAAAACAUCGCAAAGAAAUAUACAGUGUGAUGAUCCUCGAACGCAUAUGUAUUGAAUACACACAUGUAUAUUAAUCCAGUUUCACUCUUAUUUAUCCUUUAUUUAUGGAGGGGAUGUUCGAGUGCACGUGAUGAACACUUAAAAUCAUAAAUCACAUUAAAUCAAUUAUUGGUACCUGAUCAUUCCCUCGUUUUUGUACAUAGGCUACUUUGUUUUUGCUGUUUGUUUAUUUACGUUUAAUUCUAUGUAUAUUUGACGAUGAAAAUAAGUAAAGUAAUUUUUAAUACGAAAGUGUACAAGAUGAGACACACCUUUUGUAUAUAUAUAGUAAUUUAUACAAAUUAUGGUUUUUUAAUAUUUGGGUUUAAAUGUUGUAUUGCUAGGAGGUGAUCAUUGUACAUUGUAAAAUUUGUUUACUGGCAAUAAAUUCAUGUUUGAAUUCACCACUACUUUAUGCUGGUGUGAUUUAUUGGAGCGGUGGAUUCAAGCAGGUAACGAAUCUUUGUAGAUACCACUCUUUAUAAAUUACAUAUACCAUGCUUUCAUAAUUAGACUCUGCAAAGUGUAGCCUUCCACCAAUUGCCUGAAACGGGAUGAAUCAGAGGUAACGCGUGUUUAAUUAACGUGAAGUUUUACAGCACAUCUCUUUUUUUUUUGUACUUCCUUGAUUUAGUUAUACUUGUCAUAAAUCAAAUAAAUAAAAUUAAUAAAAAAUUAUUUAAAACUUGGUAUAAUUAAUUAAGUAAACGAGUUUUUAAAUUUAAAGUAAUGGAAAUACUUAAGUUAUCUAUGCUUGAGCCAAAUAAUAGCUAUGUAAAUAACUGGUUUAGCACAACCAGAAUAAUUGAUUCCCAAUUUUAGCCCCUAUAAUUCGGGUACUAUUUGUUGAAUCACUGUUCUACUAUUAUAAAUAUGAUUUUUAAACGUUAUUCUAUAGAAUUAUAAUAUUGUAAUUGGUAAGGGUUAUCCCUACAUAAAUUUCUAGGGCUUAUACGAAGGUUUCGCUAUGUAGCGGUUUAAAAUGACAGCACGGUAUUGUGUCUCUUUACUAACAUUAGAGAUCAUCAUACAGUUAUGAAUCCGUAGAGUAAUUUACAUUUUUUUCAUAAAUAAAAAAUAAAGCACCUAGAAAUUAA